UAGCGGAGUAGGGUCUACCACUAGAUGCUCGAACUUCUGGAAUAUGGCGCCUCCAGUAGUAUUAGCCUUAUGUCGAAUGGCAAAACGACAUGGACCGAUAUGUGCCAAGUACUCGUGGGAAAUAUGAUGGAUGAACAAACAAACACAAACAUAAACAUAAGCGAUGAAAUUGAACAGAGAGCGGAUGCGAUGGUAGAUGUAGGUAGGGAAUUGAAGAGGUUUCUUCUUGAUGAUUCAAAUAAAAUUUCAAAGGCGGCGUCAGCGGUUAUUUUGGAUAAAAUGGCGGUAUAUGAGGGGAUAAUUAUAAAGCUGAUAGCGGAGAGGGCGGAGGCUAGGAGUAGGGUGGAUGAGUGCAGGUCACUCAUUGCAACAUUAGGACAGGCGCCUAGACAGGUUAAUGUGACUAGUCCACAAGUAACCAUGGCGCAAAAAUUGGUACAGCCAGCAAAAGCGGCGAUUAAAACGUUUGCGGUUGCGGAGGUUAAAGUGAGAACGAUUAGGAAAAUUAGCGAUGGAGUAGUGAUAGAGGCGGCGACAGUAGAAGAUGCGGAAAAUAUUAAAAAGAAGGUGGUUCGAGAAAGAGGUUUGAAAGUUGCGGAGGCGGUGAAAAUGAAGCCGAAAUUGGUCAUCUUAGAUGUACCAAAGGCGGUAAAGGAUGAGGAAAUUGUUGAAGAUCUUUUUAAUAAAAACGAUAUAAAUAAUAUAUCGGUGGAGGAAUUUGCGCGGGACGUAAAAAUAGAAAAGAGAGUUAUGAGGAAUGAUUUGAGUAAUGUGGUUAUAAAGGUGACGGAGGAAAAUAAGGAGAACACAGAAUCUAAUGAAAAUGAAGAAGUACUGUUUAGACCAAGAAGGACACUAGCUAGAUCUCCGACGCAAAGCGCGAAGGAGAGCGCCAAAGAGAGUGAAUGUGAAGCCAGAGAGGGGGCACUGAAGUCGAAAAAAAGGCACAAGAGGAGCCCUCCGGAAGACGGCAACUAUAGGAACAAUAAGAAAGCAGUAAUGACCAAUAAUACCACCAAAGCUGACAGCAUUAGCGAUAGUGAGGCUAGUCAAACUGAGGACAACGAAGAGCCAAGUAUAAUCAGCAAAGUCAAACGACUCGAGCAGCUGAAGCAAGAGGCGAAAGAAAUCGAAGACGCAAUCGGUGCACGACAGGAUUUAAGCACAGCAAAUGAGCUGAUGAGAGAUAUUGUGAACUCAGUUAGGGAAAUAAGGAAAGCCACCACAAAAAAAUCGGGUGACAAGGUGCAGUUCCAUAAAACGGAACAAGAAACUGUAAGUGAAUAUUUAAUCAGGCUACAUCGAAGCCUAGUAGAAAUAAUAUAUUACUGGGGACAGGCUUCCAUAGAGUGCGAAAAACAAAAGCAAAGGGCGGACAAGUGGAAGGAGAUUGCGAUGAAUGAGGAAAGAGGAAUGGAUCAAAAGGUAGGCAAUGAUCUAGUAGUGAGUGAGAUGAAUGCAAUGAGAGCGGAAAUAAGAGAGAUAAGAAACAUGUGUAUGGAAGGCGGUGAAAAAGAGAGAGAGAAAAGAAAGGAUUCAAUCCAAGGGACGAAUGAGCAUAAAAACGCGAAUGAAGUAACGAAAGACAGAACCAAAAAAGCACCCGUCAAAACAUACGCGACAACUGUGCAGGAAAAUAGAGAAACUGACAAAGAAGAUACGGAGAAAAACGGGGAAUGGACAACGCCAAUUAGGAAAAGGCGGAAAGAAAUAAUAGUGAACAUGGGAACCGAAAAAGAUGGGGAAAAAGUACUAAAUGAAAUAAAAAAAGCACUCAAUAGCAACGAUAUAGGGAAAGAAGGAUUGAAGAAUGUUAGAAAAACAAGGAAUGGAGAAGUCAUACUAGAAACAAGAUCAGAGGAACAGAACUCAAAGAUUAAAAGCAUAUUGAACAGUAACAGCGAAUUAAGAUUGAAAGAAACGGGGAACAGAAAGCCACAACUAUGGAUAACUAGGGUAACGGCUGGGUACAAUGAUGAGGAAUUCGUCAAUGAGCUGAGUGGACAAAAUGCAGACAUCUUAACUGAAUGUACGAAAGAAGACAUUGAUAGUAUAAAGGUCAUCCACAGAAGGGAAUGCAGAGACGAAGCCAAACAAAACAUUGCAAUAGAGCUGAAUGCAAAGCCAUUCAAGAUAAUGGUGAAAAAAGGUAAAAUAAACUUUGACCUGAUGAUGCUACACGUAGAAGAAAGGAUUGAACCACAAAUGUGUUACAAUUGUUGCCGUUAUGGACAUAGUGGUAAAAAUUGCAAAGAAAGACCGGUAUGCAUGAAGUGUGGGGAGGAAGGCCACGACAGCAGAGGAUGUGAAGAAUCAAGACCCCUAGACUGUAUUAACUGUAAAAGAUCUGACAUGAAUGAAAGACAACAUGCAGCGAGGGACAAGAAGUGCCCUAUGUUCCUAAAAAAAGUUGAGCAGCUCAGGGGACAAAUUAAUUACGAUUAA